UUAUUUGAUUCUCCUCCAAACAGUCAUCCGAUUCAAAUCCAGGAACUUUUCUGAGUCUUAUCACAACAGUAAGUGAAAUUGUACACGGUGCAUAUUCAGUUGAGUGGUUCAAACAGUCGUAACUUGGGAAGGCCUGGGUGCCUGGUUUAGAUGGAUGGAAUGUUCCAUGUGUACGCGUACCACCCCUAGCAAACGGCUAUCAUGCGAUAACCUUAUAUACAUCUUUGGUGAAGUCAUCUUCUCGAUUUAGCAAACUACACUACCUAGUGUUUCUUGGGCAACCUGUGAGCUCCAGAAUAUUGAUGAACAAUCGUUACUCGCUAAGCUAUUCAUGGUGAGGACACGACUAAGCAUUACGUCGUCAGUGUGACGGCUUAUGUUAGUUACCUCGGAAUAUAUUAAAAUCUGUUGUUCUAGUCUUGGUCAAUCGACCUGUCAGCCAUGACCCAUCAAUGCAAAAACAACGGUUGUAAGGUUAUAUGAAGAUUUGGGAUGUAUAGAAGGGAAGCAAGCGACGUGAAGAGUAACCUGGCUUGGUCAUCGACAUCAUAUCAUUCUCACUAAUAUCGACAUGUAUUAACUCAGGCGACUUAAUAAAACGAAAACAAGAAUCGAUACAAAUAUCCAGCUACGGAUGGCAUUCAGCAAGUACUGGAGUGUAUAGCUUGCAUCGUGGAUCUUACCCAACCAUCAUGAACACAUAUAUGUCAUUCUCGAAGUUGUUACCAUAAAUCACGAAUCUUCACAAAAUAAGCUACACAUUCGACAUUUACAAAUCAACAAACUCUGGUAAGAUCCUUUUAUAAUUUGAAUGUAUUUUUUACCUCUUACUGGAAAUCUUGCUUCAUAACAGCCUAUGCUAAUCUUUCUUCAUGAAAGCCUAUGCUAAUCCCAUGAUGGAAAAAUGCUGACAAAGUUCGGUCGCAGCAAUGGCGCAAGCUUUCAUGGUAUUUUGUUCGGGAAUCUCUGAAUCUUGCCAAUCAAAGGCCCGUACGAAAACAAUUUUGUCAGAGAUACAGUCUUUCUGAGGCAAGCCCGAUCAUCGAAAGCCUUUACUUAUUCUCAGUGUUGACUUUGAGCAUCCUACACCAUCAUGGGACUGAGUGGUCGAAAUCGAAAAUUCGUGAUAUUUUGAGAUGUUCAUAUAAGCAGAUUAUAUGUCGGUAAUUCAAAGUAAUGCUUUCGGUUUAAAAUCUGACGUGAUGCGCAGCGGGAUGUAACCUCCACUUGGCCAUUAGAUACUAGCCGUCAGGAACAAGUUUCUCAUGGGCAGCAUUUAUGGCCUUAAAGAGAAAUAAUGAAUGUCGUUGUAAGUCUUACGUUGACACGGCUUUCGGAAACAUUUCUGCACAGGAUGCUGAUGAUGUAUUUUGAUAUAAGCCCUACAAUAACAGAAUUGUCAUCAUUUUAUUAUCGCCGACUUGAAAAGAUCUUUAUAUAAAUUGAUGAAGCCCUUUCAAGUUUCUUUCAUUUUUCAUCUCAUUUCACAUCUCAUUCAAUCUCCUAUCUACUUUCAUAUUUUUCCUCUUUUUAUUUUCCUUGCAACGGUCCUUGACUUUUUUCUCUUAUUUACGCCUUCGAACUAUCUUCUGCUCUUAGUCUCUUCGACAACUAGAUUCUAUUUCAUUCAUCAUGAAGUUCUCAAGCAUUUCUAUUGUCAGCAGUCUUUUGGCUCUUGGUUCCGCACAGCUUGACAUAGAAACUACGCCAGUCGUGAGCUCAGGCGCAUCUCCAUCUAUUGUUACCGAAACAAUCACUGUAACUGAAGGAGGGUCCAGUGGCUACCAGACUGAUCCAAUAUAUCCCACCACUACAGCAGGAUACCCCAUGAGCUCAGAAUAUAUCACCACAGCACAGGGCACCGUAACCUCUGUCAAAUAUGAUGGUGAAAGCCAAUCAACAGUGUGGGUUUACCCCACUGGUACCGGAAACAAAAAGCACUGCACAGUUGCUACUUACGAGAAUAACAUUGUGAUUGAUGUGAACAUCGUCGAUAUUACAAUCAUUAUCAUCGAUGGAUUCCUCUUCACAGAGACAGUCACCUUAACAGAAAGCGCCACAUACACUCCCACACCUCCUCCCAUGCAAUCAACAACCACCGCGCCCUACAGCACCGGAACCGGAACCGACAAACCUAACGCCAAAAUCCACAACGUAACAAUCGGCGACAAAGGUCUCAACAUCUACUCCCCAAACCAAAUCAACGCAAACAUAGGCGAUACAAUCCGCUUCCAAUUUCUCGCCAAAAACCACACCGUCACCCAGUCUGAUUUCAAUACCCCUUGUACCCCCAACGGCGGCUUCGACACAGGAUUUAUUCAAUUUAACCCCAAUAAUCAAAGCGACAUCACACGGGAUUUCAUCGUCAACACUGAUAAACCAAUUUGGUUCUUCUGCGCACAAACAGUCCCAAAAUCUCAUUGUCAAGGUGGCAUGGUCCUUGGUAUUAACCCUGCGGGUAAAUUCGAUGCUUUCUUAGAGAAAGCUAAGGAGAGUAAUGUUACUGGGGGUAAUGUUACUGGGGGUAAUUUUACUACGGCUCCUGUUCCUACUGAGACGGGGGCGGGAUAUGUUAGCGGUGUUGCGGCGCCGACUAGCUCGAGGGAUGCGGUGGAUAGUUCUUAUGGGUAUUCUUCUGUCAGGGGGAGAGCUUUCAGGGCGUGAGUUUGAGUGAGUGUUGAUGUGGAUUUGAGUUUGAGGGGAUAG